CGCCCACUGCUGGUGUCAGCCUCAGCGGACAGGACUGUGCGCCUCUGGCACGUCGGCUCCUCGCACUGCCUGCGCGUCUUCCUCCACCCCGACAUAGUGACGGCGGUGGCGUGGCACCCGCGGCAGGCGAAUGUGUUUCUGACGGGGGCGCUGGAUGAGAAGGUGCGCGUGUGGGCGGCAGCGCAGGGCGCCGUGCUGGACUGGGUGGACGUCGGUGAGAUGGUCACCGCCGCCGCCUUCACCCCUGAUGGCCAGGGCAUAGCGGUGGGGACAGCCAUCGGCAACUGCCGCUUCUACUCCAUCUCCGCUGGCGGCGAGCUGAGUCUGGACGAGUCAGUGGAUCUGCGCGGAGCAAAGUCCAAGAAGCUUCCUCCGAAGAAGAUAACGGGUAUCCUCCCGGUGCCGGGGUCAACCUCCCACGUGCUCGUGUCCGCCGCUGACUCGCGCCUGCAGCUCUUCCAGGGCGCGCACCUCAAGUGCAAGCUGCAGGGCCACAGGAACACCGCCUCGCACCUGGCGGCGGCGGUGAGUGAGGGCGGCGACUUCAUCGUGACGCCCAGCGAGGACGGCACCAUCUUCCUCUACAACCCGCCCGGCCUCGUUGCCAAAACCGGGCAGCCAAAUGACCGGCAGAAGGCAUACGAGUAUUUUGCGUGCCCGAGUGUGAGCAGUGCAGUGGCAGUGUGGCCGCUGGGGGUGGAGAGGCGGCGAGUGGGCCAGUCGUCGCUGACCUCAGGUGGUGCUGCCAGCGCCUCUCUGCCUGGCCUGCUGCCGGACCAGCCACGCCUCAUCCCCAGGGGGACCAGCUCCGCCUCUCCCGCUGCCAACCUCCCGGCACGUCCUGGCGCCACCACUGCUGGUCCUUCCCCUGCCACUGCUGCAGCGCCUGCUGCUGGCGGCAGCACGGUGGGGCUGUUCUACUACGGGGGUGCGGCUGCCCCCACAGCAGCAGCAGUGGUGCCGUCUCCCUCGCCGUCAUUCGCGGGCGCGGACUGGGAGCAGAGCAGCCGGGGCAGCCAUGGGGACAGCGAUCCCAGCCGCCCCACCACGAGCGCCAGCGUGGGCGGCAGCACGGGGCAGCACAGCACGUCCACGGACCUGGGAGGGUCGGGGGAGGCGGGCAGGGCAGUGAGGGAGCGCUUUGAGGCUGCUGUGGCCGCCAUCGCCGAUGGUGGGGCAGGCGGUGCGCGUGGUGCUGCUGCUGUGGGCAAUGGGUCCGGGCAGGCAGUGCAGGAGGGAGGUUGGAGUGUGGCAGCAGCAGAGGGGGGCGCCGCAACAGCAGCAGGCGCAAGCAAGCCUCCGCUGCACUCUGCUGCCCCAGGGGCGUCACGAAGCCCUCUUCGUCUUUUCUCGCCCUCCUGGGCAGCAAGUGAUGAGGUGGCGGGCGGCGGCAGCAGUGCAGCCGACGGGCUGGAAGCGGCGGCAGCAGCAGUGGCGGGCACAGAGGGGCCGACACAGACUGGACCAGCUGCAGCGCUGACAGCAGCACAGCCGGCGGGUGGAGCGGCAGCAACAGCAUCGAGACGGAAAGAGCAGGUGGCAGUGGCGGCAUCAGCUGUCGCACCCACACCACCCAAGGGCAGGGCUGUGGCUGCAGGGGGAGGGGCAGGGGGAGGAGGGGGCGAGGGAGGGGGGUGGCAGUGGGGCGAGGGCACGGCGGAGAGGGCGUCAGCACUGGGGUUGGUGAUAGUGGUGGGCAGCUUCCAGGGCGAGCUGAGGGUGUACCAGAACAUGGCCGCCCCCUCCAAGGGGUAG